AUGAGUCAUAGCCGGAUUGAUGAGUCAACCCGCUGCUCGCAAUCGGACCCCAAUCGGACUCGGAUGCUAUACAGCCAAAUUGGGCUUCGCUAUCUGAAUUUGUCCGGGCCCCCGCACUUUCCGGAUCGAUACGAUCCAUGUGCGACUUUUAGACACGCUGUGCGGAUUGAAGUCAUUGCCCAGCAUUCCGGCAACCCCAUCCAGAUCGGCAGACCCCCAGGACAAGCCUCAAAGCAAAGUGGCGGCGACCAUCCUCCCCUCCUCUUGCGAAUGCUGAGAGAUCCAUGGAUCAGAUUCCAAACGGAAACCCUACUAAAUGGUGCCUCACAAGAGAGCGGGCUAUCCGGGUUGAUCGACUCAUUCAGCUCACUCGGAAACGACGACACAAGGCCUCAGCAGAUCCGACCCUAUAAGGUUUUGGUCACAGAAGAGUUGGAACGUAUUCAUGACACAUACUUCGCCUUGUGGUACCAGAUCGUCAAUCCCCCCAACCCACUCGUCAUAUUUAACCAAGUCGAUAUCAGGAGCUCAGUAUUUUUGACUUUUGAUUUGAGUCAUACAUUAGCGACAGACGGCGCUGGGGUGCUCAAAGGAACGUUCGCCAAUGUUUGGAGCCUUGGCUGUGGGCCUCCGUCUCGUUUUCGUCCCAAGGGCAUCGACGCGGGGCCGGAUUGUGAACCAGCCGAACAGUUGAAAAUCUUUAAUCUCCCCUUCGUUUUCCCAGGAGUUAGCAAAAUCUUAUACAUAGAUCAAGCCUCAAGGAACAUUUAUCGUAUCGGUGGGAGCAGCGCACAGAGGGUAGCAUGGAGAAAAUGGAACGAGAAUGAAUGGAGGGAAUGA